UCAGGCUCGGCUGUCAAAAAUCGCGCUCUAAAGUUUCUUUAUCUUUUUCUAGCUCCUGUUUAACUCUGAAUGAUAAUUGGAUUUUAGGACUCUUUUAUUUGUUCCUGCCUGCAGGAUGCAGUUUUGAGUCACAGAAUAAAAAAUAGUUUAUUUACAAGGUUUAAAAGAUGACUUUAAUACGUUUGGCUGUAGUGAUUUUAGGUUUCUGCUUAUUUACAGAAUGUGUUUUUGGUGCGAAAAGGCCAAAGAAUCUUUCAGUUGGCAAUGCACCCCCCUACAAUGUGAUGAAUGGCAACCCGAAAGUUCCAAAGAAUGAGAAGUCCGCAACGGGGGGUGAUGCUCCUAAAGAAGCUGCUGGAAAAAUAGAGCUCAUUGAUCAACAACCAACCGGGCAAAACACGACGGAAAUUGGUGAUCCUCCCAGAUAUCCUCUGAACGUAGAGUCGGCCGAAGCCCAGGCUCACGAAAGUAGAAUCACCGGUUGCCGGGACCAUCCUGAUGUCUUUAAAGUUUGUGCCAAGGCGAAGGAACCGUGUUUCUGCGCGGAGCACGAGUCUUACACUUACUCAUACUGUAGGAGGUCAUGCAAAUUCUGUGAUCCAAAAGUCAAAUCAUACCACAAAUUCUGGCGAUUGCGAGCUGCAAGUUCGUUCAACCCAAGCUGGAUGAUAUCGAAAAUUGAGUUUUACCGGGCUAGAGGCGUCAACCUAACGAUGACAACAGACACAAGUUCAGCCUAUGCAAGCUCCAACUAUGAUCCUGGGUUCAAUGCUGCUAAAGCCUUCGAUGAUGACCCAUCCACAAUGUGGAUGCCAAGUGGCUGGUCUGCCCAUAGUGAUAACGAUGAUUGGAUUGGCUACGAGUUCCCAAUACCCGUGCACAUUGGUUCAUUGAAGCUCAUAGGAGCCGUGAAGUACCCGAAAGCCGCACCUGGCAAGGUCUAUGUUGAAGCAGCUAACGAGAAAUAUGGCCCAUUUGAAACGAAGUGGAUGAUAAGAAAUCCAAACUUUGCUACUGAAAAAGUCUUCAGCUAUAUUGAAUGCGAUGUGCUGUGGAGAAGAUAUGAAACUGGUGAAAGCCCUAUUUGCUUCCGACUCAUAGCCAAGUACAAGACAUGGAUGGAUGCACAGAAGGAAUGUCAGCUAGAAGGUGGAGAGCUGGCAAGUGUGACGUCAGUCGAAGAACAAGAAUUUAUCAUGAAUGAAGUAAAGCUUUGUGGCUUUACAUGGCUAGGUCUAAAUGACCGAUCACAAGAAGGUUCCUUUGUCUGGACCGACGGCUCAAACAACAGUUACUCAAACUGGAAAGAAAAUCAAGCAUACGAUGAAGUUCAGCGACAUUACGAAGACUGCGUUGCCAUGGACCCAGAAGGAAACUGGUACACAUUCUCCUGUCAAGAUAGGUUUUACUUCUUGUGCAAGAAGACAUUAGUCGAUCCUGAAAUGCCAAUACCCGAGAAACCACCCGCGCCAGAGACGCCGCCAGUCGAAUUCAUCGCUCCAAACUUCACAAUGCCAGUUGUUGUCGGUGAAGCCCAAACAGAGGAAGAGGAGCAGACAACAGAAGAUGUGUACAAUGACAUGUUGGCCUCGAUUUCAAUGUCGAGAAUGAAGGAGCUGGGGUUGAAGCCCCCAGAAUCCAUUGCAAACUUAGAAUCUUUACCGCCAAACCUUGGUGAGAAAUUGAACAAUCUCACGGAGCAAGCACUGAAACACAUAAACAAGAAGAAGAUUAACAUGAAUCUCAAGGGCACUGAAAAACUGAUUGAGCCACCACCAGGACUAAAGAAACCACGAUUGAAAGGAAAAGGUGGCAAUGCUGAACCAGGAAAGAUCACAGUUCUAAGGGUGCCAUCGUCCCCUGGCCAAGAGCUAGUGGAAGAAGUACCUGGUGUAAAGCCCUUACAACUGCCGGGUGAAGAAAAUGAUAAGAGCAAAGAAAAUAAGAAUAAAGAAAAUAAGAAUAGUGGAAACAAUGAUAAUAGCGGUGGACAGAAAGUGAAACCUCCACCCGCACAAGAGGGGGGUAAAUCUGGAGAGCAAGAGCUGUCCGUUGGUGAAUCAGGGGAAGAAGGACCUCCUGAGGGUCAAGAAGACGAAGAAGAGGAGGAGGAAGAGCCAUUGCCUCUUUCAAAGAAUAAGAAUUUAAAAAAGAUUACUCCAAAGAAGUUGAAAAGUAAAAAGAAAGCAAAGAAGGCCAAAAAAGAAGCUAAUAUGAAUCCUGGUUUACCCCAAAUCAAAAAGCCAGAUGUCAAAAUACCUCAGCAGCCAGUGAUGCCUUCGCCAGCUUCACCAAAUUACUAUGGCAUCCCGGGAUUCAAAAAACAUAAGCUAGGAGGCAAAAAAGAUAGGCCAUUCAGCAUCACCUUUGCUGGUAAAAAAAUUACAAAUGUUCAAACAAAAAAUGCAAUAAAACCCGCAGAAGAGAAAGAGGAUGAGGAGAGUGCUGACGAAAUUGUGGAAAAGGCAGCCGAAAAAAAUCAAAGCACAGCUUCUGAAUCCGAGACUGAAACUGCUGAGGCAGAAGCUAAGGACAAAACAGAAGAAGAAGUAAAUGCCGAUGAAUCGAGUGGUAACUCCGGAUCUGGAAUUGAAGGAUUCGACCCGGAUUUAGAUGAAGAAUUUCUAGACAUGGCAGUUGAUGAUUUAUUAUAAUUAAUGUUUUGGGUAGAUUCUGGUAAUCAUUCGUGAAGGGAUGGCUAAAUGUAAUGAAUGUUUCAGUCUUUAUUCGCGAACCAAUCAAGUUUGUUCAUUUAGGGUCGAAAUUGAGAUUUUCAAAAGAAUUUUGAGCUUAACAAAAGAAUCUAUAUAGAAAGAUUUUCUUGUUUUGGAUUUAAUGCAAUAAAAGACCAAUUUGCUAUUUUGAUAGCCAACGAAGCCAAUCCGAAAAACUGAUCUCUGGUUCACAAUACUUACAUCCUUACUAAUUCCCUAAUGAUAAUUUUUGGUAGGUUUCUGGGACUUUCAAUUGUGUAGCGAAACCUUACCUUACCGAUUUGACAAUAAUUCCUCAUGGAAGGAAUCUUUUACUUUCAACUUUUGAUAUUUGUUCAUUAGUACACUAUUUUUGAUGAUCCAAAUAACAGUUUUGAUGAUUAAAGUCGAAUUUUAUAUUUAUGCGUUUCAAAUUGUGAA